GCCGCUGCCGGGUGCUGAAGGCGCCAUUGGAGCCGGCUUGGCUCUGGAGCCCCGCUGAGGAGCCGGAGCUCAGGUCAUAGUUGCCGCCGCGUCCGCUCCUGGUCCUUCGCCAUUCAGCGGCAUGGCGUGCGGAGCGACACUGAAGCGGCCCAUGGAGUUCGAAGCGGCGCUGCUGAGCCCCGGUUCCCCGAAGCGGCGGCGCUGUGCCCCUCUGCCCGGCCCCACUCCGGGCCUCAGGCCCCCGGACGCCGAGCCGCCGCCACUUCAGAUGCAGACCCCGCCGCCGUCUCUACAGCAGCCCGCCCCGCCCGGCAGCGAGCGGCGCCUUCCAACUCCGGAGCAAAUUUUUCAGAACAUAAAGCAAGAAUAUAGUCGUUAUCAGAGGUGGAGACAUUUAGAAGUUGUUCUCAAUCAGAGUGAAGCUUGUACUUCAGAAAGCCAGCCUCACUCCUCUGCACUUACAGCACCUAGUUCUCCAG